AUGCUGUUUGCCGGCGCAUUAUCAUUAUUGUUCCUGCAGACUGCUGUUGCACAACGCCAUGAUGCUGAUCUUAUGUCCUUCGUGACUCUCCCCGAGGUGCGCGCCUUGAAAUGGGAGGUCACCCAUCACGAUCGCACACGAGCUGCUCCGGGUUACUGGUUCGUGGCGCCGUACGGACAGAUUUCGCCGGAAGAACCCACACAAAAAUAUCAGCAGUACCAAGUUGGGCCAUAUAUAUACGAUAAUGAUGGUAUGCUUAUCUGGGCCGGUGCACCAUUGUACGAUAACCAAAACGUCUUCGACUUCAAACCUGUCACCACUAUCGACGAAGACACGCACCUUUCGUUCAUCGUGUCCUGGGCAAUCGACGAGUCCAACAAGGGUUGGGGCAUGAUCGUGGAUAAGACGUAUAAUACGGAGAGACAAGUCGGUGUCUUGAAUGACCUGCACGACUUCAACAUGCACGAAUUUAAUGUCCUGCCGGGCGGGAAGACGGCCCUGGCGUGCACGUACCGCCCACGUGAGGUCAAUUUGGCGGAUUUCGGACGCCCGACGGAGCAGAGUUGGAUUAUGGCGGGUGGCUUUGUGGAACUGGACACGGAAACAAGCGAGGUCUUGGUGGAAUGGGAUUCCUUCGAUAAGGUUGCCCUGCAUGAGUCUAACGUAGUCAAUGCCGGGAACUCGCCGUCCAAAUUCCCUGGCUGGGACUAUGUGCACAUCAAUUCGGUCGACAAGAACGAAGCCGGCGACUAUAUCAUCUCUUUGCGCUUCACCAACACCCUUUACUGUAUCUCGGGCGAGGAUGGCCAUAUCAUGUGGCGCCUCGGUGGUCUGGAGUCUGACUUUGCCCUCGACUUUACCUUUUCCAAGCAGCAUGAUGUGAAAUGGCUCUCGUCCAACGGCACUCACCACGUCGUGUCUUUCCUGAACAAUGCCUCCGAUGAGGGCGGGAACGACGAGGCCGUCUCCGCCGCCCUGUUCGUCGAGGUGGAUACCAUCGCCAUGACUGCCAAGGUGAUCAAGCGCAUCAACCGUCCCGAUAGCGGUCUGACCCGCCUCCGCGGUAACGUUCAGCUGCUUCCUAACGAUAAUGUCUUCGUCGGCUGGAGUGAGCGCGGCUACCAGAGCGAGCAUGCGCCAAACGGUGACUUGCUGAUGACCGCCCGCUUCGUGUCUGAGCGUUACUCUACCUACCGCGCCUACAAGGCCGAGUUCAUUGGCCGUCCGAGCACGUCACCCGAUCUCGUGGCUUCGGUGUACGGUACCACCAACGUGGACACAACUACGCUGAUCCACGUCAGCUGGAACGGCGCGACCGACGUCGUCGGGUGGAAAUUCUACGCACAGGCAUAUGACCGCAGUUCGCCCGUGCUCAUCGGCCACGCUAACAAGACCGACUUUGAGACCAUGUAUAUUGUCGACGGCUACAUGGAUUGGAUCACUGCCGAGGCCAUUGACAGGGAAGGAAGGGUUAUGGGUACUUCGCGGGUCACCCGAAGUGAGAUUCCGAAGAACUGGAAGGCUGUGGGCUUUGUGGGCUCGUCUACAGGUCCCAAGCCCGACGAUCCGGCCAUCCUCUCGGCUGUCAACAAGGGCAGUUCUUCGGUCUCGUCCUCCUACGACAGCGUCGAUACCACUAAUGGUAUGACCGACAUGGUCAAUGAUCACUCUUCGACCUACGCCGAUGCCAAGGAAGUCGCCAAGGCAGUCUACAAGGCUUACGAAGUGAUCCGCGGCGUAGGAGGUCUGCUCAUCUUCAUUCUCCUCGCCUGCACCGUCGGUGGUCUAGUAACCUGUCUCUGGCGCAUGUUUAAGCGCCGCAAGAUGCGCUCAUACCAACACAUCCCCUCCGAAGAGGGCGUACCCGUGGAAGAAAUCCACCUACGCUCCCAUGCUGAAUGA